UAGAAGUGAUUACAAAUAGAUCAAUGUGUGGAAUAUUUUGCUCAGUUUUGCAUAAUGUUGGAUUACAAUCAUUUAAGAUUCCAAUCGCACUAAAAGAAAUUCUGAGAAAUCGUGGCCCUGAUGUGCAAGACGAGAUGAUCGUAGACUAUGAUGCUGGACAAAUUAUUUUUUCCGGCAACGUAUUAUGGCAACAGGGGGAAGGUAUGCAAAAACAGCCCGUUGUUGCCAAUGACUUCAUAUUUCUCUUUAAUGGAGACAUUUACAAUUUACCAAAGCCGGAGUAUAUGUCUGAUACGUCUUGGAUAGCGAGCAAAAUAUCAGAAUGCCGGUAUAAUGAAAAUAAGCUACUGAAGCUGUUGAAGAAAUGGGAGGGACCUCAUUGUUUUAUUAUUUAUGACAAACAAGAUCAAAUACUUUAUUUCUCUCGCGACGCACUGGGAAGAAAUUCGUUAAUUAUUGAACGCAUUCCGAACGGAUUACAUUUAUUGAGCACAUCCCACCGUUUUGAAAAUGAUAAAUUAUCAUUGGAACUGCCACCAAUGGGUCUAUAUAAAGUUAACAUUAACGAUCUUACUUCAUGCGUAUUGCACCCGUGGCAGCCUCUAAAUAAUUAUUAUGUUGAGCUAUUAAGCAGACUUGACCAAGCAGUUGGCUGGAAAACUACAGUGGAGAGUCCAAUGUCCCCAGAAUGGAUGUUGAAAAGUAAGCUCACAUUUGAUUACGACUUCUAUAAAUAUACAUAUAUCGACAGUCAUGAAGACCUUUACAAAAAACUUAUUAAUCAGCCACAAAUCAAGGAGUCACUAGCGACACUCCAUAAACUGCUAUCCAACUCGGUAAGAAAUCGCGUUACAAACAAGGCCCCACUUUGCCGCCUUUGCUUGGAAAAAAUGACUGUUCCAACUUUAUGCGGACAUGCCAAGUUGUGUAUAUUAUUUUCGGGUGGCAUCGACUGCACCAUCUUGGCCUUGCUAGCUAACGAAUUUGUACCGCAAAAUGAAGCGAUAGAGCUUAUUAAUGUAGCUUUUGAAAGCGUUGAGGGUCAAAAUAUUUCUGAGAAGCUAUGGGACGUUCCCGAUCGCAAAACUGCACUGCUAUCUAUCAACGAACUAAAGCAACUUUGUCCCAAGAGGUGCUGGAAACUCCUAGAAGUUAAUGUAACCCGUCGGGAAUUGGAUCAGAAUCUGACAACACGUAUCAAGCACCUAAUAUAUCCUCUUGAAACAGUUUUAGAUGAGAGUCUCGGUUGUGCCUUUUGGUUUGCUUCGCAUUGCGACAGCUCUACUGCCAGAGUCGCCCUAAUUGGUAGUGGGGCAGAUGAAUUAUUUGGUGGGUAUGCCCGCCACCGCAACAGCUUCAGGCAUUGCCAGGGCAGCGCCACAGAACGCCAGCUUGCCGUGCACAACGAACUUGAAAUGGACUGGCAACGAAUACCUGCCCGGAAUUUAGCCAGAGACGACCGAGUUAUUGCAGAUAAUGGUAAAACGGCUAGAUCCCCAUUUAUCGAGGAGAACGUAGUUAAAUUUAUUAGAUCUUUAGAAGCGUACCAAAAAUGUUGCUUUUGUUUCCCCGAAGGUGUCGGUGAUAAAUUGCUUCUAAGACUAUAUGGCUUUCAAAUCGGACUGCGAGGCGUAGUGUUUCUAAAGAAACGAGCUAUUCAGUUCGGAUCUCGUAUUGCAAACAAAAAACAUAAAGCUGUUCAUCAAUCGGAUACUCUUAAACAAAAGCUGUCAGCAAAAGUAAACAUAAGCCAUACAUUUUCUUAAUUACUUAAAUAUAAAAAAUAUGAUUUAAAAAA